GAUACCUGCUUGUUUCCUGAUAUAGCAUUCCAUCGCGCACGACUUAAUUUAUUCUCCUGCGGUAGAGAGCGAAUCAAGCUCCUCCCUGCUAUCCCCCGAUCUGAUUCGUCUGUUUAACUGGAGGUCGAUAAAGGGGGGAGGAAACACAUACCAUCCAUAAUGCGCCGAAAGCCAGUUCCCAACCCGCUGUCUUUUGCUGCUGACCAGACGGAUUCCUUGGGCGAACAAUCCUCUGCCGAUGCCCGCGCCCAUAAGUAUCCCGAUCCUCAUGCCCCAGGAGCUGACAGACCAAGACCGAGACCAAGCCCGAGCCCGAGUCCACGUCCAACACCGAGCAGCGAAGCAACACUUCAAGUAACCUCGCAAGUAACCUCGCCAACCUCUUCCAAGUCGUCCAGGUCUCCUCGCUCCCCCUUUGGUAAAUACGGUCCUGUUCCGAGUACCGUUCCGGCCACAAGCACCACAGGUCCCGCGAGCACCAACCAUAGCGCAAACACCACUACGACUAGGAGGCCCCCGCCACAACAUCAUCUGCCUUAUCCUGCCGAUACAGUGCCACCGUUGCAGUCCCCUGAUGACGUGCAAGUUGCCAAUCACCGCCGACACCAUUCUCCUCAACGCCGCGAACCAGAAUAUCGACCCCCAACGCACUCUUCUACGUACAACCCGGCAUCGACCGCCCGCGACACAACAUCGCGUCCCGAAGGCGAGAAACAUGCAAGAAGCACUAGUCGCUUUUUCAACUUUGGUAAGACAUCGAAAUCUUCAAAUCACCUAUACCAUACCCACGCAGAAAGUGCGAGCACAAAUGAAGCCAUGUCCCGUGGCGUAGAAAAUACCACCAUUCCGGAUAGGGUCCCGAGUAAAAAUUCUAAACAUUCAGACCUCUCAGUUGCCGACUCCUCAGCCCAGAGAUCGGUGGCCUCUUUGCCAUCUAAAUCUGAGGUUUCAUUGACGUCUGCUGGAGAGUACGAGACAGCUGCUUCUAAGAAGAACAAGCCAAACCCUUUCACCAUCCUAGGUCGUAACAGGUCAUUCAAGGAUAAUGAUAUCAAUGGUCCCAAAGAGUCCAUCACAAUCAAGCUGAAUGAACCUGAGCGAGAUACGAACGUGCAACCUUUGAGGACGGCUCCUAUGAACACUGAUGGCUAUGAUAGGUCCUUUGGGCAUAUGAUGAAUUCAACACCACGGAAUCAUUCUGCCGACCGCGCGCUUCCCAGCCACAGAACAGCGAACAAAGACCACCGACACGAUAAAGACUAUAAUAGGCCUCAUCCUCCCGUCAAGGAAAAUAAUAAUGCUGGUUCCACAUUUUUCAACGGCUUGAGAAGUUCUGGAAGUCGAGCGGCAGAUAUGAUCAGCAAAGGAUUAUUCGGAAGGGGUGUUCGUAGUGCUAGUACGUCGGACAAAGACUUGAUUGAUGAUGAACAUUACGUCCUGAAGGUUAUCAACCUACCACUGGUCGAACAAACACGGUUAACAAGGAUAUCCAAACGACUGGAAGAUUCCCGAGACAAGACGGAGUUUUGGAUGCCAGCUUUUCCAUGGCGCGCGAUCGACUAUCUAAACCUUAAGGGAACGGAUGUCGAAGGUCUCUAUCGUGUUCCUGGGAGCGGACCUCAGAUCAAAAAAUGGCAAAGGAAGUUUGACGAAGAAUACGACGUCGACCUUUUUGCCCAAGAGGAUCUGUACGAUAUCAAUAUCAUCGGUUCCAUGUUUAAGGCUUGGCUUCGUGAACUCCCCGACGAAUUAUUCCCGAAAGAGGCCCAGGAACGAAUCUCCCGACAGUGCGCCGGGGCGCAAGAAGUCCCACAGUUAUUGGUUGAAGAGCUUUCUAACUUAUCGCCUUUCAACUAUUACCUCCUGUUCGCUAUCACGUGUCAUCUUAGCUUACUCCUCGCACACUCCGACAAGAACAAGAUGGAUUUCCGCAACUUAUGCAUAUGCUUUCAACCCUGCAUGAAAAUCGACGCAUUUUGUUUCAAAUUUCUGGUCUGUGAUUGGAGAAAGUGUUGGCAAGGGUGUCAAAACGAAGCCAAAUAUAUCGAGGAGGAAUAUCAACUAUUCCAACAACCGCUGCCUCAAGGGCUAAGUUCGGUGGAAUCCCGGAGCUAUGCCGGAAGUGAAACUCAUGACGACCGGAAUUUGUCCUCGUCGGAUAGUAGUAAGCCCUCAGCAGCCCCUACCCAACAACAGGACGGGAAACUAAAAAAGAAAACGGGGACAACGGGCCAAUCGAAUGGUAUGACGCCUAAUUACUCGACUGGUUCGACCCUGACAGUUAGUGGCGAGCACGAUACACCGCGACAUCGAUCUGGAGAGCGAAAUAUAAGGCCGCUUUCACCGAUCAAGCCUCUAUCCCCUAUGAAUUUUUGAACGCCCAUUUCGGCCACGGUGCACGCAGUUGGAGGUAGGGUGGGUUUCAGUCGCGAUCUGGUGAUACCUUUUUUUGUCUUGAUAAUACCCCCGGAGAAGAACUUGGUGGAUAUGACGGCAUUUGGCCUGGAGGUGUUGUGACGAUA